AUGAGGUUCUUUGCAGCCGCUCUUGCUACAGCUGCUGUGGCUCUCUUCGCCGGAGCCCAUGGCCAGACAUGUAACUCCGACCAGUAUAAUGGCCAUGACACUACAGCCACCGACCUGGCCCCGCUCCUCUCCCCAAGGGCGCGCAUCUACAUGCGCAGCAUGACCAACAGCACCCAGUUUGAAGAGAUGACGAUCCGCUACUCGCGGACCUCGGUGCCGGAUCUCAGCGCCUUCAUCAGCGUCGGCACCCCCGAAGAUGUCAGCGUUAUCAUCAAGUAUGCAAAUUCACACUCCCGCGAGAUCCUCGCUGGGAACCGCCGCCAUGCCUGGUCCCGGACCCUCAGCCGUACCCGCAACGCAAUCAUGAUCGACAUCUCCACGCUCAAAAACAUCACCGUCGACACCGAGGCCAACACCGUGACAGUCGGGGGCGGUGUCAGUGUCGGCGAUGUCAUGCCCGCGCUGCAGGCCGUCGGGAAGGAAACAACCACCGGGACCUGCGACUGCGUUGGCUUCCUGGGCGCCUCUCUCGGCGGCGGGCAUGGCCGUCUGCAGGGCCGCCAUGGGCUCAUGGCGGACAACAUCCUGUCUGUCCGCCUGACCACGGCCACCGGCGAGAUGAUCACCGUUUCGGACACCUCGCACCCGGACCUGUUCUGGGCGCUGCGCGGUGCGGGCCACAAUUUCGGCAUCAUCACGGAGGCUACAUACAAGAUCUACGACGCCGCGAACGGGGGGAUGCAGUACACGACGAAUGUGAUGUACGAUACCGUGCAUAUGACCGAGAUGUUUGAGGCCAUGAACAACUUCAAAGUUCCGGCCGAUUACAGCGCACUGCUCAACGUCUUGAUGGACACUAAUUCUAGCACUCCGCGAAUGGUCCUGAACUUUGUCUCCUCUGAGCCCGAGGCCACCGCAAAGGCGCAGUUCGCCUCCGCCUUUGGCCACAUCCCCUACAUCUCCGCCAUCGAGGCCGUGCUCCCGUGGGCGUCCGUCAACGGCCGCGGCCUCACCGGCACGGGCGACUUUGCGUGCGGCAACCGCGCACGGAAGCGCAUUGCCGGGGUGGCGACGACGCGCUACAACACCACGGCAAUCCUGGAGGUGUUUGAGAAGUACAAGAACUUCGCGGCCAGGCCGGGCGCGGGCGCCGCCAGGAUGGUCUUUGAGUCGUACUCGGUCAAGGGCGUGCAGAAGGUUGACCCCGACAGCACGGCGUAUCCGUGGCGCGCUGAGACGGGCGUUAUCCUGAUGAAUGCGGGGUAUACGGACGAUGCGCGGGCGGACGAGGCCGAGGACUGGCUGUUUGAGGCCAUGGCAAUCAUGCAUGCGAGCAGCGGGUUUCCGCGCCCGGCGCUGUACAUGAACUAUGCGAGCGGCACCGAGGGCUUUGGCGCAAUGUAUGGGUAUGACGAGUGGCGCCAGGAGAAGCUGAAGAAGCUCAAGAAGGAGUGGGAUCCGCAUUGUGUGUUUAGUUGGUUUAAUCCGAUACCGAUUGAGUGCCAGCGGUGA